UCAAGUUUGGAUUAAGAUCGUGUUAAGAAAAAUAAUAUAUCCUAUAUUUAAAUAUAUUGUCAUAAAUAUUCCUUCUUUUACUGGAAAUAUUGUAUGUAGACGGGCGGUAAAAUGGAGCGAGUGGGAAAAUCGUAACGAGAAUUAACUGGAUAUCUCUUGAAAUCUCGCAUGCACUUUUGAAUGUAGUCUAUACAAACGGUGCUGAUCGACCAUGAUUUGGCUGAACGCGGUAAUCAUUAUCGUUUCAAUUUCAUCACUAGUUCAUGGACACGGUUAUCUCAUUGACCGGGAUAUGAUCGCAAAACAAGAUGGUUUCAAGUUUCAUUUCCAUUCGGGCUCUGGGAUUAUCAGAGGACAAGGUUUUCACAGCCUCGGUUGUUGGAAGGACGCGUGGCUCAGGGCAAUCCAGCCGCUGGAGAAACGACACAAGUUACUGAUGGACGGAGAUUAUAAGCUUAGGGAGGAUCCCAUGAGGAAAUGCGCCAUUGCGGCGAUGGAGAAUAAAAUGAAGCUGUUUGCGAUUGAGAAUGGCGGACAGUGUUUUGGAGAUGUGAAUGUUAAAACUUCUUUGUUUAAGAAAUACGGAAAAGCUGAAAAUUGCAGAGAUGAUGGAUAUGGAGGACCAUGGAGUAUGCAAGUGUAUAGUUUCACAGGACCAGUGUUAAAACGCCGUCAUGGCGGGUACAGUGAAUGGUCCCCAUGGACGAAGUGUAGUAAAAGGUGUGGUAAGGGGAUACAGAAGAGAUUUCGUACGUGUACCAAUCCAUCCCCGGCUCACGGUGGCCGAGACUGCAGUAAACUGGGACCGGGCGUGGAUAAUAGGUCGUGUGAAAAUGAAUGCUUGGGAACCGAAAACGAUGAAUUGGAAAAUCCCGACAAGGCCCAAGAAUCGAAUACUGAUUCGGAAACGUCUAAAUUGAACGAACCAAAAUCGUCAUCAGAGGCCAGCAAAAAAUCUGAAGACACAGAUGACUACUUAGACGAUGAUGAUGAUGAUAAUGAUGAUGAUAUUGAUGAUGAUGAUUAUAAAGACGAUAAACAUAGUCCGGAUAUUGGCAAAAAGACUUCGGAUCAGAAGUUGACCAAACCAGCAGGUAAUCUUGGCGGUAGUCUUGUACUAAAAUCAGUUGGCGAUUCAACUAAAUCAACAAGCCAGACGGUUAAUGAUGGCUCAGUUGUGUCAAUAACGAAAAACAGAAACGCUAAUACCUUCAGUCAGAGUGGCGCAGCUCUUGCUAAAGUUGGUAACAAAGACAGUUCUAAACAGACCACGACGAGUGGUGUCCUAAACGGCGAGAAGCCAGCUGUAUUAGGAAAUGAUCAAUCAGGUUUAGCAAAGACAGAGGAUGGUUCUUCUGGUGUUAGUGGUGCAGGGACGAAACCACUUUCAACAGCUGAUGCACAACCUACUACACUAAGUGAUACCACAUCUAGCAUGAAAAAUGGCGAUAUGUAUUCGCCAAGCAAUGGAGGUACCGAAAAUAAAGAUGAGAAUAUCAAGGCUCCAGUUGCUGGGAAGAAUAAUGACCAGUUUAACACAAAUGAGCCAGGUCAGGAGAGUGAUGAUGCGAAGCCAGGUGACCUCCCUGGAACGAGUUCAAGUAUUGACCAAGAAAACGGCGAUGGGUCAAAAAUGUCAGAUGGAGGAACCUCGGGGAGUUUACAAACCUCGAAUGGUCAAAAUCAAGAUACAGCUAUGGAUACGAAGUCUGACAGCACUGGCAAGAUCAGUGAACAGAAUGCAAAGGAUGAUAUGAAAGAUGGCGAUGAGUCAAAAAUGGAAGAUGAUGAUUCAUUGGAUAUUUCGGAUAGUGACACCUCCGACAAUAAGGAAUCUAGCGAACCAAAUAAGGAUAAUACAGAUUCCACAUCAGACAACGCAGAGGAGAAUACUGAACAAACAUCGAGCAAUGGAGUAUCAAAUGACGAUAAAUCCUUAGAUAUCAGCACGGAGGACCCUACAUCUAGUCAAGGUAGCAAAAAUCCUCAAUCAAGCGAUAUGGGGAAGGAUGGGGACAAGGCUGAUAAUAAUGGUCUGCCAAAUAAGCAACAAAUGAAAGCUGCCCAAGAUCUCCUUCGAUCAAGAUGGCUAUCACUAGAAAAGAAAGGUCGCCUCAAACCAGUCCCAGUGAAAAAUCCAUCAGAUAAGCCAUCUCAACCCGUCGUCGAUGCUUCCUUGAGAGACGACAGCGAGGAUUUUGAGGAUGAAGAAAUGGAGGAAAAAGAAGAUGGAAAAGCGAAUGGAGAGAAAAUAAAUGAGAAGAAAACGGAAGAUGAGGCAAAGGAUCAAACAAUGAAUGACCAGAAACUGGAAGGCCAGGAAAGCGAUGCGGAAUCAGAAUUGGAUGAGAAGAAAUUGGAAGAAAAGGAAAAUGAUGAAGUAAACAAUAGCAAAGACCAAGAAGAACUGAAUGAAAAGACGGAAGAUAUGCAUAUGAAUGGUGAUCAAACAAGGAAUCAACAAGAGAUGGAAAAACACGAGGAACCAUCGAACGAUCAUAAGAUGGACGAGGGUUUUACGGGAGAAAUGGGAGAGAAAGUCGACGAGAACAUGAACGAUGCAGAAAAGACAUCAGAGGAGAGUGGUGCGAAACGAAUUAAGGAAGAAUGCAUUUGUCCUGCCCUUGUUUGCAAUCACUUGGCAGACACGGGAAUGUUUAUCGACAAUACAAAUGUAACAGACAUUAAUGAUCUUAACGAGAUGAAAGCUUUUGCCAAAGGACUUGCCAUUGGUUUUAAAACAGAGGACAAGGAUGUUGUAAUGGGAAUUAUUGCAAACAUGAAACGUUCGCACAUUGUUGGGUCUCCAACUCAGGCAGGGGAUUCUAUCUUACACCCAAAAAGCAGGCUAGCAAAUCAGGCAUCGAAACUGAUUAGAAAUUCUCGACGCAGACCUGCAAAUCGGGCACAAAAUCUCGAUGUACAUCCUAAAAUUAGCUUUACUAACUGGGCACAAAAUCCUAUCGGAAAUCUAUUCCGGCAUCAUUCGAAAGCACACCCUCAUAUUCUUGCAAACAUCCCUAAAACCGGGCCUUCUGCUCAAGCAUAUAAACGAUCAAAACUUAAAAUUUUUUUUAAAUUCCGCCCGGAAAGGGAGCGAAAUUCUAAGGCAUUCAAGCGGGCAGAAGCUUACAUGCUGGCAAAGCAAAAGCAGCCCAUUCCACCAAUACUCAAUGAUGUGCUGUUUGUAUUGAUCAGCGGUGCAGAAAGUGACGCUGAAGUACAUGCGCCCGUGAAAGAUGUGAAAGCGGCAGGGGCGAAAAUUGUGGUCAUAGGGGUUGGCAAGGACGCGAAAAUUGGAAAGGUGGCAUCGCAGGCAGACCUAAUGUUUAUGGUCCCCCCCGGAGCCGGAAAUGCAAUAGUUAAUGCCAUUGUGGUAGCAGUAUGCAAAGCUUUUCUCAUGGGUAAACCAGGACCAAAUACCAAGCCUUGCCCAUGUAUGUUACAACCAGUUAAGAAAACCUCGCCAGAGGAAAAUCCCGGUAAGAUCAAUACAGAAAUGUCGAAAGAAGAAUACAAGGCGGGCAUGUUUCAUGCGAGCGGUUUACCCAAGGGGGAUACUUCAUCUACUACACCACAACAACCUUUGUCCCAGGCCACAUCUGAUAUAAUUUCAGAUAAAAAACCUCCAGCAGCACCAAGUACCUUGAUCGUAAGUGCUAAGAAACCACUGACCGCUGUGUCCAACACCAAAGCACCAGAGGGAAAUUUGCCGGUAUCGAAAACGGCGCCCGAAGCCUUCGGCGUAACCCAGCCCGUAUCUUCACCGGCGACCGAUAAAUCACCAUCCGCUAGUCAGCAGACAAGUUCGGUGAAAAAUUCCCCCAAACCUGCAGAGCGGUCCAAGCCCGACAACCUGCCUGGUAAUGGUGCCACCACUCAGGCAAUGCCUGUUAAAACCGCCAACGACAAAGUUAUUCAUAUAAAACAAGACAGGUUCAAACCUCUAUCAAAAACUUUAUCUACCCUUGGGGAAAGUCUCAACAAAGCUCAUUCGACGGGCGAAUUGCAUGAAGGCUCUUAUGCGUUAGAUGGUGACAUACAAAAUUUACUGAAAACAAUCGGAAAGUUAAAAUCACAAGUUGAUAAUCUAAAAAGCGAUGAGUUAGCAUCAGGAAAUAACGAUAUUGAAAUAACCAGCGAUAAUAACAAACCCGGGAUUGUCUCCAAGCCUUCCAGCCAAUCACAAGAAGGCUCUGAGUCAAGCAGCCAAUCAUCGUCGAGUAUCGCAUCUUCAACAAAUAAAUCGCCCUCAGCUUCUACAAGUCAAAAAAUAACAGCCCCAGCUUCGACAGGCGAAUCAACAACGGUCUCGGCUACGACAAGCCAAUCAAUGACGGACACAGCUUCCACAAGCCAAUCGCUGCCCAGCUCUGAAUACGCUGGCCAAUCGCCUGCGAGUUCGAAUGCCGUUGAAGAAUCGAAUUCUAAAACAGGAGGUACCAACGAUAUGCUGUCAAAAUCAAACACGACUACCCAUGUGCCGUUGAAAUUAAAAAUUAUCGACACUCCUGGUAACGAUCCGCAAAGAAAUGCCACCGUACUACAUUUGAAAGUAAGCGAUAAAUUCAAGUCUGCAAGGAAGGAAUCGGCGGGAAAGCCGUUGUCUCAGAACCCAACUGCAGGUAACAUUAACAAGCCGAAAACGGACAGCAUACAAGAGAAUCCUUCCGUUCCACAACCAGCCAACGAUUUGUUAACUGGGCAGAAUACUUUAACAAAAAAGCCGAACAAUGUAGGCAAAGGGGACAAAGAUCUAAGUUCUGAUGGGACCGAAUCGUUGGUCCAAACAAAGAACCCACAAAAUGCAGGACCAAGUUCAAGUUCCACACUCAAGGCACCGGCGAAUGCUGCGUCGGGACAGAUUGUGAAACCAGAGCAGCCGCGCGGUAAUCAAGCACAAAACGCUUUGGCAAAUGUUCAAGAUGGAACCAAGCCGGGUACUGCGAGUACUCAAAAUGUUCUACCAUCAGCUCCUACCAAUGACGCUUCUGGUAAACCUGAACCAUUACCUCAAAUUACCAAAACUCAGAAUCCACCGCAGCAAAGUGCAACUGGCACCUCCCAGAAUGCAAAACCUUUACAAGCUGAUCAGACUUCACCAGAAGCUCAGAUUGGUGCCACACUAGGUAACGCGAAAGUACCAGAAGCUGACGCCACCAAAACACAACCCUUGACACUGAGUGAUCAGAAAUUACCACAACCUAAUACCAUAAAACCGCCAAGUACCACCUACCAAGAUACGGUUUUAGAAAACACGCCAGAAAGCACUGUCAUACUGCCUGCGCCUUUAAGUCACGAGAUACAGCGACCUGCUCGAAACGAUGGCAAAGAUUUUACCGCGAUUGAGAGUAGAUUAUCCAGACAAAAAGAAACAAGAAAGCCAACUCUAAAAUCAUCGAUACCAAAUUGCAAUAUAAAUCUUGGUUUUGUGUUGGACGGCUCAGCAAGUGUGGAAGGAACGAAACGAGGGAAUUUCCUGAAAAUGAUCAACUUCGCCAAGGAUGUUAUACACGAUUUCGUAAAGCAAUCUCAACAGGUCCAUGUUGGUACUCUCGUGUAUAGCACCAAUACGUCUGUGAUACUGUCGUUUGGCACCAAAGGAACGGAGAAGAUCAUUGAUCAGAUCUUGGACAGCGUACACUAUCCAGGACAAGGCUCGCUGACCGGGAAUGCAAUGAAAGAUGCCUGGAACCUAAUGUUCAGCUCGGUCCCAAGAGGAAGAAAAAGUAAACUUUUGCUUCUGACCGACGGCCCUUCGAACGACGAUGUCAAAAUGCCUUCGAAAUGGGUGCGCGAUAAUGGAGUGGAGAUAUUUGUGAUUGCUUUGGGUAACGGUUACGACGAAGGUCAACUCAAUGACAUUGCCAGCGUACCAAGUGUUAAACAUAUCAUGUUGAAGGAUUAUGAUGAUCUCCGAACUUCUGUUCAAGAAGUUAGGAACAGAGUUUGUGGAUUCACUGAUCAGCAAAUCCUUCAGAUAAUGACAAACACAAGACUAAUGGACAGUCCCGAUGAAAUGAACUCAUUUCAGAGAAGUUUUGCGCCCAAUCAAUGCAUACUGGACGUUGUAUUUCUACUGGAUGGUUCGCGACAAGUUGAGACAAACGGCGUUGGCAAUUUUCAACGUGAAAUUAACUUCGUGAAAAAGGCGGCAAGAUAUCUUCCACUAUCAAGGAACGAUGUUCACAUUGGGGUGGGCCUCUUAGGUGACGUCAAUGUAAUGGUCUUCCCUUUGAACGAACAUUACAUCGCGAAAUCCAUAGACUACGAACUUGAUCAUAUACGAUAUCCUGCCUCAUCCGAUAUUCAGCCCCGGGAGGUAUUGUACGCCCGACAGGUUAUGCUUUUGAAAGGUAGACGAGAAGUGGCCCCUCGGGUAUUUGUCCUAGUCACGGAUGUCAGUUCGUUCGAUUCGUAUCGCCAUGCGAUUAGCGAGCUUCGCACAGACGGUUCAGACAUCGCCAUGUUUGGCGUAGGACCAGAAUCAUACGAACAAGAAGUGAAGAUAAGAUCAAACGUCCAGGGAUUGGACGACCAAGUUGUGCAGUUAAACAGCGCCGAUGAAGACGAGGCUGCCAAAAAUUUUGCCAUCAAUAUGUGCAAGCUAUCGAGCUCAAAACGAACAGAGAUACCGAGAAGACAUUGGAAAGCUUCUAACAAAGUUUUAAAUGAAGACUAAAGGUUUCAAAGUUGAUUUCACAGUCCCUCGUGAAUUGGCCAUUCCAAAAUUGCAGCUGGUAUAAUAGACAAAUGAAGUGCAUUAUCGAGCAGUUUCAAAUAGGAUAAACACUUUAUAUGCACCCAAAAUAGUCCCAUGACGCAUUUUCUAUUGCAAUUUUCGAUUGGCCAAUGCUCUACGAAGUAGUGAAGUUGAAAAGUUUGUGUGUAUGGAAUUGAUACAAGUAGAACUUACCAUCGACAUUCCCCUGUAAAAUUGUUAGAUGGUACACAGGCCGACGGAGAACAGGAUAGCUCUGACUAGAACAUUUGUUUCAUCUCAAAAGCAUGUCGGUGGUUUUAGGUGAAUUUAAAAAAUAUAUAUGCCUAUAUGCCUAUGGUAUUUCAUAUUUGUGUUCCAAAUUAAUGUCAAUGAUCAGAUUAAUGAUCAGAGAUUAAUCGCAAGUGUUAUACUUAAUAAAUGUUGCCGACAAGAGGAAAGACUAAAUUUAACGUAUAGUGUUUAUGAUAAAAUUUUGAAUGAUUCUAGAUUCAAUGAUAAGUACUAUUGUCUACAGUCCAACUAGCAAAACUGAAAAUAGUGUUAAAAAACUAAAGGGUGAAAUAUACAAAUCGGUAAAAUUUUUUUUCAAAAUCGAUUUUAAAAUCUGUAACAUUACACGUGUACACGUCUACAGGCGUUUACUGACAUUGCAUCAUAAAGGAAAAAACUUUAAUUUUAACAUUGGGUGGAAUUUUAAUGCAUGUAAAUGAUUCAAAU